AUGAAUGUCCCAACACGCCGCCUUGCCACGGCCGUGGUGGGCUUUUCACCCUUGCAAUCCCGCCUUGCAAGCUCUUCCGUGCGCCAAGCUGUGAAAACUCCUCCAGCCAAACCUCCCACUGCUCCUCCGGCGUCCCGCGUUACGAAAUCAUAUAAACCCACACAAAAACCCAAUAUCUCUUCUUCAGCUCCACCACCUCCUCCUCCACCUCCUCCCAAAGCAGACACUCUCCUCGACAUCUGGCGCCGUGCCUGGCUCCCCCUAACCGGUGCCUCUAUUCUCGCGGGCUUUCUAGGCUUCUAUAUUCUCGGCACCACAGUCGCAACAGUCAAGUCUUCCCCUUGCUCCUCCUCCACCCCCUGUGAACAUGCCACGCCCACCGGCCGUCCCCCCGCCCUGAGCGGCGAUAAUGCCGAGCAGUUCGACAAGGAACUCAACCUCCCAGAGUGGUGGAUGGGCAUCACCAAGCUGCGCAAGAAGCUCGCCGUCCACGCAAAGGGUACCGUGCUCGAGCUCGCCAUGGGCUCUGGCCGCAACCUGGAGUACUACAACUGGGAGCCCCUAAGCACUGCCGUCGAGGCUGCUAGGACUGGCAACAUCCCGCCACCAAAGAUACCCCAGGGCAUCACAUCCUUCACAGGGCUAGACAUCUCCAUUGACAUGCUCGACGUGACCCGAAAGAGGCUCGCCAAGUCCGUUCCGCCCAUGGCCGCCUCCGCGCCCAUCGUUAAAGCCUCGUCCAUGGCCGAUCACACAGGAGGCCAACUCUCCUUUUUAGAUGGCCACGUCCGCCUCGUCAACUCGGAUGCGCACCACCCGCUCCCCUCCCCCGCUCACACCGACAAAUACGACACCAUCAUCCAGACCUUCGGCCUCUGCUCCGUCUCCGACCCCGUCGCCGUGUUAUCCAACCUCGCUACUGUUGUCCGACCUGGCACCGGCCGAAUCAUCCUGCUGGAGCAUGGGAAGGGCUAUUACGGACUAGUGAAUGGUUUGCUGGACAAGAAUGCUGGAAAGCACUUUGCAAAGUACGGAUGCUGGUGGAACAGGGACAUCGAAGCCAUUGUCGAGGACGCAGUGAGUGCGACGCCUGGCCUGGAGGUGGUUAAAAUCGAGCGGCCAAACAUUACACAGAUGGGAACCCUCGUCUGGGUCGAACUGAAGAUGGCAACCAAGGACAGGACGACAUGA